GACAUCUGUGUUAUUUAAGCUUUGAAACAAAAACAAAGUACUUGACAUAGUUACUUACAGAACGUGAGAUUUUAGAAUAAAUAUAAGUAUAAGAAGUAGAUAUUUCAAUGCCAGGACGAAAGUCACAAUUGCCACAUGCAACUUAACCUUGGAGAAAUAAUCAUGUUCAAACUUUGGAUUUUUGGAUUUUCAUUGUUUGUGCUGGUAUCAACGACAAUAUCGAAAUCUAGUGAGGAUGUAGAGGUACGGUUACUUGACAAUCAAAAUGCUCCAUUAGUGGCCACUCUUGAUAUGUCAAAAGCAGACGAACGUAUUAAGCAAUUUGUUAGUGAUGCAAUUGAAGCAAAACUGAAGAGCAUAGAAGAAACAGUGAAAUAUAAUAAACUUGUAAGUGAUGCACUGGAAGUACGAAUGAGAAAUAUAGAGGAGGCUGUGAAAUCUAAGCAGUUUGUGAGUGAUGCAAUUGAAGUAAGAAUGAAAACUAUAGCAGAAGCAGUAAAAUCUAAGCAGUUUCUUAAUGAUGCAGUUGAAGCAAAAAUCAAAAAUAUAGAAGAUACUAUGCAAUCUAUACAAUUUGUAUGUGACUCAUUCGAUACAAAAAUAAAAGAUCUGGAAGUUAAUUUGAAAUCACAAAUGGCUAAUCUGGAAAGGAACUUGACAGAUCAGUUAACUGAUUACAUUAAUGAUACGGUCAGCAAGAUAGCAGAAGAAAACGAAAUAUCAGGAGAGCCCACUCAACAUCCAAUUGAUUGCAAAGAUGUCAAACUUCGUAAAGGAAACGGAGUUUAUAAGAUAUAUCCUGAUCCUUUAGAACUUGGAUUUGAUGUCUAUUGUGACUUUGAAACCGACAACGGCGGAUGGACGGUGUUCCAGAGAAGAAUAAACGGACAGACAGAUUUUUACAGAGGAUGGGAAGCGUAUGAAAAUGGAUUUGGAGAUCUGGAGGCGGAAUUUUGGUUAGGAAACCAACGGAUACAUGCAUUGACUGCAGCUGGAAAAACCGAAUUAAGAGUAGAUAUAUCCGACUUUAAUGGUAACAAGGCUUACGCAAAAUAUUCCACAUUCGCUGUUGGUGAUGCCUCUUCCAACUAUAGACUAACUGCUGUUGGAUACAGCGGGAAUGCUGGAGACAGCCUGGAUUACAAUAAUGGUCAAGCGUUUACUACCAAAGACAAGGACAACGAUCCAUGGGAAGAAAGCACUUUCAAAAACAAUUGUGGAAAAUACCACCAUGGCGCUUGGUGGUAUAACACAUGUUCACAUUGCAACCUGAAUGGGUUAUAUUAUGAAGGAGGAAAGACAAUUUAUAAAGGAAUGUUUUGGUAUCACUGGAAGGGCAACCAGUAUUCAAUGAAGUCUUCUUCAAUGAUGAUUAGAAGACUGUGAUGGAAUUGACAAUCCAAUUAAUAUUACUGUUAUAAUAAAACAUUUCUUUUCAGCAUUUCAUUCUGCAUUGUAUGAUACUUUUUUUUACAAUAUAUCGUUGCAAGUUCUUUGCAUUUUAGGAAUGCGUUUGCUGAUUUUGCUGAUCUUAAUUCUUGUAUGCAACUUCCUGUGAAAAUUCCUAAUCGUCUCGCUUAUGUUAUAUAUAAAAAUAUUGACACUGUAUGUUUGUGGCACAACAUCGUGGCCACAACUUAAUUUUGUUUCUUCUGUUUAGUAUUGAAUUUAUAUUAAGAUCCAUUUUGUAACAUCUUGUGAUCAAUUUUAUUUGGCAAUCGCCAAUUGCAUUCAGCAGGGUUAAAGAACAUCAGUUGUUCGACCUGUUAGUCAAAUGCGUUUAUUUUAAACUUUUUAUACUUUGUUACUUUUUUGGUUCGUUGGAAAAUGUUGUUUGUGCUGUUUUUAGACCCUUCUACAACGAAAUUUGAUUUACAUGCACACGUAUAAAAUUGCGCUUUUUAUCCAACGCAAUCAUAGGUUUGAACGUAGUUUUCAAUUUAGACUCGUUUAUAUAUAAGAUUGCCAGAAGGCAUGAAAGCGCUAGUGACAAUAUUACGAACUGUUAUUAUUUGAUGUGAAAUGUAGUUUGCAAUUUUUUUUUUUUGCAUCGGAAAUAAACACAUUUAUUCUAAAAUCAGUUGUUGGCAUGCUACGGUUUAUGUUCUUCUCAUAUAUUUUAUGAUGGUAUGAUACUAAACCCCUAACGAGAGGGAUUGUGCUUGAUUUUCAUAAGAUGAAGACAAUCAGUUUGGAGCUGGCAUGUCAGUAACAACAAGUUGUCCCUUGUCUAUUUAUGUAUCAUUGUUAUUUUGCUUAGUUUCUUACAUUACCUAGUCUGACAUCGGACUCGGUAGAGGUAUAGGGGGAAUGUUGCUAUCUCACAAAACUUUUUUAACCCCGCCGCAUUUUUGCGCCUGUCAGGAGCCUCUGGCCUAUGUUUUUUUUAAUUUUAGUGAAUUUUUUGAUUUUGGAGUUAAAGUCAUAAGAAACCUAAAAUUAAAAAAAAUAUAUGCAUAUGUUUUUUAUAACUUAAUGAAUAGUUUUCAUUAUACAACUUAUGUACAUAUACUUUUUUCUGAGGAAAAUUCUUUAAUUUUUCCACAUUUAGAAGAAGUUACUUAUUUUUAAUUGCUUGCUUCCAGGAAGCAAUUCGCCGACAUAUUUUCCGUGACCACAAUACGCAUGGAUCUGUCAUUGAAAUAAACAAAUAUCUGAUUAUACAUGUUAAACACGUGCUCAAUACCCAUGCUUUUUGUGAUUUGUUUACCAUAAGGUGACAAUCGGUAAAACUCGGCUUCAAAACACGGCAUUUAAUGAGCAGCCAUGUUUGUUAAAUCAUAACAAACAGAGAGAAAAAAAAAUGACGAUUUUAUAAUAUAUUUGCGAAAAUAAUGAUAAAAUCGUGCACAACGGACUAAGUUUAUGAUGUAUACAUGCAUUGGUUCAAGAAUUGGACAAACAUUAUUUUUCACCACUCACUCGUUUCAUAUGACUUUAAGUGUGGCGUCCAUUUUCAUUGAACUAGUAAUCAUUUUGUUAAGGGACCAUAUGAAGCCACCCUCCGGGUGCAAGAUUUUCUCGCUGUGUUGAAGAUCCAUUGGUGGCCGUCGGCUGUUUGGUCGGGGUGUUGACAUAUUCCCCAUUUUAAUUCUUAAUUUAAUUUGACAAAUAAUUAUAUGUCAAAUAGUUUUUAUUGUAAUUUAUUUUUAUUUCAUCAGAAAAUACAC